CCGGAAGUGACGUCAAGCGCGGGUGUCGGUGACGCGGUUUUCCCGCGGUUCGGGCGGCGACGGAGGGGGGUGGCAGCCGGCGAGCCCCGUCGUUGCCGUGAUGCCGCCCAAGCCCUCCCGCAGGGCCGGCGCCGCCGCCAGGAACCAGCGCUCCAGCCCCGAGCGCGGCCCCGCGACCCCCGCCGCACCCCGGCUGGAAAUCGGCGAGGCGGAGUUCGUGGUGCUCUGUGAUGCUCUGAAAGCGUCGGAGAGCGUGAGGGAGAGAGCGUGGAGGACCUAUGAGAGCCUGGCGGCGGCCGGCGGAGCGCUGGCUUAUAACAAAAAGAAAAAGGAAACAUGGGGAGUCUGUAUCUUUAUUGUAGCAAUUGAUCUGGAUGAAAUGACAUUCACUUUCACAGAGCUUCUGAAAAGUAUAAGCAUAAGUGUAUGCACUUUUUUUCAGUUUCUGAAAGAGGUGGAUGUUAACAUGGAUACUGUAAGCACUAAAGUUGAUAGCACUGUAUCAAGGCUGAAAAAGAAAUAUGAUGUAUUACUUGCACUAUACCACAAGUUUGAAAGGACUUGUGGCCUUAUUUAUCUUGAACAACCUAGUAGUGAGAUUUCUGCUGAACUCAGUUCUGUAUUAGUUCUAAAAAAUUACUGGAUUACUUUUUUGCUGGCAAAAGGUAAAGUGUUGCAAAUGGAAGAUGACCUGGUGAUUUCUUUCCAGUUGUUGCUGUGUGUCUUAGAUUAUUUUAUCAAACUGUCACCUCCUGCUAUGCUCAAGGAACCAUACAAGUCUGCUGUGACUGCAGUGACUGUUAAUGGUUCAGCUCGAACUCCAAGAAGAGGUCAGAACAGGAAUACACGUACUUCAAAGCAAAUAGAUACCGAUACAAAAGUUAUUGAAAUCCUUUGUAAAGAGCAUGAUUGUAAUUUAGAUGAGGUAAAAAAUGUGUAUUUCUCAAGCUUUGUUCCGUUCUUGAGUUCGAUUGGUGUUGUAGCUUCAAAAGGACUACCAGAGGUUGAGGUUCUCUUGAAACAGUAUGAAGAGCUGUAUCUCAAAAACAAAGAUAUAGAUGCAAGAUUAUUUCUGGAUCAUGAUGAAACUCUACAGCCAGAUGUCAUAGCAUGCUCACAGUUAGAGAGGACUCCACUGAAAAACAAUCCAGAUGAGGAACUUAAUCAUAUACUUCCACAGACUCCUGUUCGAGCUGCAAUGAAUAACAUUCAGCAAUUGAUUAUGAUCUUAAACUCGGCAACUGAUAAACCAUCAGAUACCCUCAUCAGGUAUUUCAAUAAUUGCACAGUGAACCCUAAGGAGAGUAUCCUGAAAAGAGUGGAAAGUCUUGACCACAUCUUCAAAAAGAAAUUUGCUGAAGCGGUUGGACCGGGGUGCGCUGAAAUUGGCUCACAGAGAUACAAGCUUGGAGUACGUCUGUACUACAGAGUGAUGGAGUCUAUGCUAAAGUCGGAGGAGGAGCGCCUCUCAGUGCAGAAUUUCAGCAAACUUCUGAAUGAUAACAUCUUCCACACAUCUCUUCUGGCGUGUGCUGUUGAGGUCAUCAUGGCUACAUAUAGCAGAAAUGCUUCACAAAAUGAUGGUACCAGUGCUGAAACAGACUUGUCUUUUCCGUGGAUUCUCAAUGUGUUUGAUUUAAAAGCUUUUGACUUCUACAAGGUGAUUGAAAGCUUUAUUAAAGCGGAGCCAAGCCUAACGAGGGAAAUGAUAAAGCAUCUGGAGCGCUGUGAACAUCGCAUUAUGGAGUGUCUUGCUUGGCAAUCUGGGUCGCCUCUGUUUGAUCUUAUCAAGCAGUCAAAAGAACGAGAAGGCCAAACUGAUCAGCCUGAGCCCACGUCCAGCCUCAAUGUGCCUCUUCAACAUAACCACACCGCAGCAGACCUCUAUCUUUCUCCUGUGAGACCUCCUCUAAGUGCCACUUCCACUCCAGAUGCUCAGCCAACUGCGACUCCCCAGACACAGAAACCACAGAAAUCUACCUCCCUCUCUCUGUUUUACAAAAAAGUGUAUCUACUGGCCUAUCUUCGACUACGUACCCUGUUCUUUCGUCUUCUAUCUGAUCAUCCUGACUUGGAACCCUUGAUCUGGACCCUCUUCCAGCACACACUGCAAAAUGAGUAUGAACUGAUGAGAGACAGGCACUUGGAUCAGAUAAUGAUGUGUUCCAUGUAUGGCAUAUGCAAAGUAAAGAAUGUAGAUCUUCGAUUUAAAAUAAUAGUUUCAGCAUACAAAGAGCUUCCCAACACAAAUCAAGAGACUUUCAAGCGUGUUCUUAUCAGGGAAGAACAGUAUGACUCCAUUAUAGUCUUCUACAAUUUAGUGUUUAUGCAGAAGCUGAAAACAAACAUUUUGCAGUAUGCCUCCAGCAGGCCUCCCACUCUGUCACCUAUUCCACACAUUCCUCGCAGCCCUUACCAGUUCUCCAACUCCCCUCGGCGUGUCCCUGCUGGCAAUAAUAUCUACAUCUCGCCCUUGAAAAGCCCAUACAAAUUCCCUGAUGGGUUUCAGUCACCAACAAAGAUGACUCCAAGGUCUAGAAUUUUGGUGUCAAUCGGUGAACCAUUUGGGACUUCUGAAAAGUUUCAAAAAAUAAACCAAAUGGUGUGCAACAGUGAUGGCCAGCUGAAACGCAGCGCAGAAGUAAGCGCUGCUCCGAAGCCACUGAAGAGGCUGCGCUUUGAUAUAGAAGGGCAAGACGAAGCAGAUGGAAGCAAACACUUACCCCAGGAGUCCAAGUUCCAACAAAAGCUGGCAGAAAUGACAUCGACUCGAACAAGAAUGCAGAAGCAGAAGCUAAAUGAUGGAAAUGAUACCUCAGCCAGUGAAGAAAAGUGAGAUUCUUCUCAGGACCAGGGGCUGCUCUGCAGGCCCUCUUAGCUUGUUUUUUGUUUUAUUGCUUCAUUGGUUGAGUUGCUUUUUUUAGUUGCCUUUUAUUCCAAACUACCAGUUGAAAACAUUUGGACUUCUAAAAUUCUUAAAACGUUUUUCAUGCUUUGCCUUAUGAGGUAGCAUGUACACAACGUAAGCCACUGAAUUUUAUUUAUAUAUAUAUUUUUUGAGGAUUUUAAAAACAGACUUGGGAGAUGUCUUAGUUUGCUGUUGCAGCGUUACUGAUUUAAGCCAAUUCAGGUUUGACUUUUUCUGUCUAAAGACAAAAUAUUAGCUAGAAUGAUUUGAAAUGCACUAAUUUUGUUUUAGAUUUUGUUUUUAGAUUUUUCUUUACUUGCAAAUUUUGAAAGUGAGGUGCCAGAUACUGCAAAGAUUUCUGUCUCUGUAUAUAAUUAGCACAUUAAAUGCAGCAGCCAGAGAUCUUGCGGAGUCAGGGCCUGACAGCAGUACAGCCUGCAUUCAAAGGGAACUCAUGAUGUAGUCGUACUACUGAAACCAGUACUUAGCGUUUUGUAGUUUUCCUUUCCCAACCCUCGCCUCAGUGUCAUUUCAGAUGGCAGUUGGGCUGCCCAGCAGUUGGAAUUUCAUGGAACAUGAAUCCCACAGGGAACCUUCUCAGAAGCUGAAGCUUCUUACAAUCUACAGAGUACUUGAUGUGCACUUUCCUAUCUUGGAAAGAUCUCGGUUAUUAAAAAGAACCUCAAACCUAAAUCCCACCUGGUUCCUAAGAUUUCAGAAUUCUAAUGAUGUAGAAUUUUCUUGAUUUCUUCAAAUUUUCACCUGAUUGUUGUCAAGCCAGAUGGCUUGAGACGGGGCACCAAGCUGAAAGCUGAGUGUCUCCAGUUGGGUUCCAGGCAAGAGCAGCAGCCUGGGGUCUAAAAGCACAGAGCAUUUCCCAUCGGCCUUCCUGCAGCAUCUGCACAAGAGCCAAACUUGACGAGCCCCUGUACAGAAGUGUUAACGAGCCUUACGUUUAUAUUCUCCCUUUUUUGCAAAGUUUUAUGGACAGAAUAUAUGUUAACAUUGGGGUGCACUGACCGUAAGCUCUGUUACAGCCAUGGAGGUUGCUCCAGGACCCUUUGGCCAGAGGGGUGCCGUUACAGAGUCCGGUUCCCAGGCAGAUUUAGUGUUUCUGUACUACGACAAUGUGUCUUUUUGCUAAGACCGAGGGCUUUAUGUCAAAUGUAUGAUAAUAUUUUAUACAACUAAUCAGUUUCUCUCUUUUCAAGAUAAAUAAAAUAGCUUUUAAAAGA